GAUAGCUAGCGGAGGGGUGGCAGCAGUCUCUUUCUUUCCUUUUCUUUUUCUUCUUCUUUUUCUUCUUCUUUUUUUUUCCCCUUGGAGGAAAUACUGCAGCCUUCUGGACUGUGUGCCGGCUCCCUGGAGAGGCUCUCUCAGUUCCACCCACUGGCUGGAAGGAGGGGAAGUGAGUGCGAGGGGCAAGGCCAGCCGGAACACACCAUGUCACUCUGGGAACCAGACAGCAGCGACUAAGCCUGCACGGGUUUCUUUUUCUUUUCUUUAUUUUUUUUCUUUUUUCUUUUUCUUUUCCCCCCAGUUUUUUCCUUUCCUUUCUUUUUCUUUUUGCCCAUUCUUUCUUUCUUUUUUCUUUUUAUUAAAAUUUCGUUUUUCCACGGUGGGAAAGAGACACACGAGAGACCGAAAGCUGUACUGCAAGGAUUCCGAGUUGUGCUAAAGGAUUUUUUUUUUCUUUUUUUCCUCCUCCUUCGCCUUUACAAGCGCCUGCGAUUGACACCACUAGAGACAGGCUGGUUACAGAGCAAACUGCUUCAUCCAACUGCUUCAUCCGGACUGGACCGGGCAGCUGGGAGGAACCAGGCAGGCAAGAACCGGGGAAACAGACUGGGGGUUUCGCUACGGAUCUCAACCCUCAUCUGUUUUGGUUUUUGUUUUCUUUUUCUUUUUCUCUUUUCUUUGGUUCUUUUGUUUUGCUUUGCUUUGGUUUUUUGGUUGUUUUAAAUUCCUCACGGUGUUGGAACUAGUGAGUGCCGGAGUCUCCGAAACCUCAACAGUCACCCAGACUGCCAGGGACAGUGGAUUAAGAGAAAGAAGCUCGCCUGCCUGGGGCAUCAUACACCCUGUUAUUCAGUUUCCUGCCUCGGAGAUAAAGAUCCCAGCUACAUGGGCAAACGCCUGGAUCAGCCACAAAUGUACCCCCAGUACACGUACUAUUGUCCUCAGUACCUCCAAACCAAGCAGUCCUAUGCACCCGCUCCCCACCCCAUGGCUCCUCCCAGCCCAGGCACAAACAGCAGCAGCACCAGUGGCGGGGAGCAGUUGAGUAAGACAAACCUAUACAUUCGAGGACUUCCACCAGGCACUACUGACCAGGACCUCAUCAAGCUAUGUCAACCGUAUGGAAAAAUCGUAUCCACAAAGGCAAUUCUUGACAAGAAUACAAAUCAAUGCAAAGGUUAUGGUUUUGUAGAUUUUGAUAGUCCUGCAGCCGCACAGAAAGCAGUGGCAUCCUUGAAGGCAAAUGGAGUGCAAGCACAGAUGGCCAAGCAACAAGAGCAAGACCCUACGAAUCUAUACAUCUCAAACCUCCCCAUCUCCAUGGAUGAGCAGGAGCUGGAGAACAUGCUAAAGCCCUUUGGACAUGUGAUAUCCACCAGAAUCCUGAGAGAUGCUAAUGGAGUCAGCAGGGGUGUUGGCUUUGCCAGAAUGGAGUCUACGGAAAAAUGUGAAGUGGUAAUUCAACAUUUUAAUGGAAAAUAUCUGAAAACUCCACCAGGCAUCCCAGCCCCCAGUGAACCUUUGCUGUGUAAAUUCGCUGACGGAGGACAGAAGAAGAGACAGAGUCAGAGCAAGCAUACCCAGAAUGGGAGGCCGUGGCCCAGAGAAGGAGAGGCUGGCAUGGCUCUGACUUAUGACCCCACAGCUGCCCUACAAAACGGAUUUUAUUCCUCACCGUACAGUCUCGCAACCAACCGCAUGAUUCCACAGACAUCUAUCACGCCCUUCAUUGCCGCCUCCCCUGUCUCCACAUACCAGGUCCAGAGCACGUCAUGGACGCCACACCUGCCAUACAUUAUGCAACCAACAGGUGCUGUGAUCACACCCACCAUGGACCACCCCAUGUCAAUGCAGCCAACUAACAUCGUGGGUCCCCUGACGCAGCAGAUGAACCAUCUUUCCCUGGGGACGGCAGGAACGAUUCAAUCCCAAGACAGAAUUAUGGUACUUCACCAGCUGUUAUGUCAGUAUAUGACUGCUGCUCCCAUGCAAGGGACCUACAUUCCCCAGUACACGCCUGUGCCUCCGACAGCUGUUUCUAUUGAAGGUGUUGUUGCUGAUACCUCUCCUCAGACGGUGGCCCCCUCAUCCCAGGACAGCAGUGGUCAGCAGCAGCAGUUAGCAGUGGACACGGCCAGUGAACACGCACCGGCAUACUCCUUCCAACAGUCCAAACCAUAGACAGAAGUGAGGAUGUCCAUCUGAAGCUUUACCUUCAAUGAGGAAACGUCACUGAGCAAGAAGUUAGUUAGCCUCCGGCUUGCACAGGCGCCACGGGAAAGCUCUCUUGUUCUUUUAUUUUUAUUUUUUUUAUUUUAUAUUUUACUCAAAGAAAACAAAAUUUUUAUGUGCUGUGCAAAUGGUUCCUUCGUGUGGUCUAACAGUUAUUUUUGUUAUUUUUUUUUUAAUUAAAGGGAAAACAAAUCCCAGAAAGGGGGUGGGUGGGGUGGUAAACAUCACAAGUUGAUGCUUUCUUUGGAAAAACAGAAUUUGCCUGAAGGUUAAAGUAGAUUUUUUUUUUUAAGUAGAAACACCGAUGUGAAGAGUUGGGCAACCAGAAGUUUAAGAAAAUUAUUUUCCUCAGUAAUUAAGCUAUUUUUUCUCCUCUUUUCCUUUCUUGUUUGAACCUCCUGGGGUUUUUUUAUAUAUAUAUUUUAUGUUUUCUUAGACGUAUUUAGGUAAGGUUUAUCUUGAAUCUUAAUUGCCUUAAUUUUAAGGACGUCAAAGGCCCCAGAGGCUUUGCUUUCAGCGUCUUGUUAAAAAAAAAAAAAAAUCAAGAAAGAAUGGAGGUAUUGUGCCAGCCUUCACUGGCACGGAAGAUGGAGACUGAGUUUUUAGGGUGGAAAAGAAAAAGAAAAAAAAAACUGUACAGCUUGAAGGAAAAUGGUUUUUCUUCAUUUGAAGAAAAUUUGUUGGUAAACGAAACCAAGGCAACUGCAAGAAUUUGGAAACGCUGGGACUUCUCAUGAACUUUGACACAAUCGCUCUAAAAUGGCUAAAAGACAUUUUAUGGUAAAGUUAUUCAUGUUGGUUUUAAAAACAACUGCAUUAGAGAUAAUGCGUGUUUGGGGGGCAGAAUGCAGAUUUUUUUUUUUUUAAUUUACAAGAGCGUGGUUGCUAGCGAAAGCGUUAGUGCUUUUUAUCUGCAGUUUUUUCUAUGAGCUUUGUCAGGUUUUAGUCAGCUUUGCUUGUCACAUUGCAAAAACCUAGCGUAAGAGCAACUCAAAACAAAACUUACGUAGAUAGACGCUUACGGUCAAAAAGUGCAAAAAAAUAAAAAAUAAAACAAAAACACACACACAAAAAAAAACAAAACAAAACAAAAACAAAAAAAAGCAAUAGAUAGAGAAAUUGUUGACAAUUUCUGUAGUCUUUCUUAGUUGUGGUCAAUUGCAGCCUAUGGAUGGCCUAUUUUAUACCAAAGAUGAAGUGAGGCCCUGUUACAGGCGUGAUGGGAGACACUGCUUUUCUUUCUUUGAAGUUUUGUUUGACCUACAUGGCCAGACCAGUUCUAACUUCAUUUAAGCUACCUUCCACUAGUGUGUUACAUACAGAAAAAAAAAUUGUUUUUCUAAAAAUGUGUAUUUGUCGAUAGUUGAAGUUUGUUCCUAGCCCGCUCAGCAGUUUAAGCAUGAGAGAGGAAUCUGAGACCCAGUGGAUGGAUGGAUGCCAGUGGCUCUAACUCCUGUGAGCUUUGCUAGCUCCUGGCCAGCUCUUUCAGCAGUGGAUAGGUGGCCACCAAUACACUGGGUCCUUUGUUCAAGAGGUUGCAAUGUCGUCAUCUGAACUGCAGGCUAAGGAUGCCCCCUGAAGGAUGCUUCUGAUGUCCGAAAGGUCACUUGUCAGAAACGCUCACUGAUGUUCAGCUUGGUGGAGUGUGGUCCCCAGAGAAUCACUCACGAAUUGGUAACAAUAUUUCUUUCAAACACAGACGGAAACAGAUUUUGUCUUCUCACCUUCAUUUUGUUAUUGGCCCACCUCACACAGGUGCUUUAAUUCUGUGUUUGGGGAGGGAAUGUUUUUCUUUUACCUCCUCUACCCGUUAUGUUCUCAUAUCUUGAUACUGACAGGAGAAACAACACAGCCCUCUUUAAAUUUUGGUUUAACUCUCCAAGAUAAGUGGGACCAUUAAGAUCUAAGACUCCUUUGAGUGCAGUAGGGGCAAGCUCUUAACACGCUAGUUGACAAUCAAUAAAUUGUUUGCUUUUUAUCAUCAAGAACCAUAAGAAUUAGGGGUUGAUCCAGCACCAAAACCAAAAGAGAUAUUUGCACUUAGAAUAAUGCAAAACUUGGCUUAAAAUGAUCAAAAUUGGCUUAGUGAGAAAGUCCUAACCGUUCCGACUAAUCAUAUCUGGGAUCAACAGAUCUUGUUUUGCUGGAAGUUAGAGGCAGUGGCAUGGAACUCUGUCAUGGGAUCAUUCUCAAGAACUGUUUUUGAUUUGAAUCAAGUAGACGAAGCUCUUUUCUGCAGGGUUAGUCUGUCUGAGUGUAUAGGGAGAACACAAAUACAAGCACUGGAGAGGACAAGAGAGUAGGCUUUCAGAAACAAAACAACUUGUAAGGCAAAUCGUAGUCCCAUUAGAUCCCCACAACUAAUGAGUCUUAACAGGUCCGAAGGUCCAUAAUCUGCUGUCUCAGUAGAUGCUGAUUCUCUUCUUUGCCACCCUGUGAACUGAGAGCUCAAACCCAGAAAGUCACCUCACAUGUUGGCCAUCAAACUAAUUACAGAACCAUAUCCAAGGAGACAGCAACACACUGCAGAGACAUUCUGUGCUUCACCUUUAUCCUAACUUCUUUCCGUGCUUUGGAGGGAACCUGAGAUGUCUACAGCCUUCUGUAGCACCGGUCAGCUCCCUGUGUGUUGGAAGGGUGGACUUGAAUUUGUGGAAAGCAAACCCUCACGUUCCAGCGGCUCUCAGAAAACUCACUUGAGACUCCACUUUCUCUUUCUUCAUCUUCUCUCUGUUCUCUGUGUAAGUAAGGAUUAUCCUGGGCAUCAUUCAUUUGAAUAUGAAACCAACAUACUUUCUUGUCCUUUCUGUAAAAGUACAAUAUACCUGUAUUCACAUGAUACAAAGAGAGUCUCAUUUGCAUAACCGAUAAUGAGGCUUCAAGGUAGCUACCAUGUGGCGAUUGAAGGCGCCUAGGAAACUCCAUGCUCAAAACCCCCAUCCUACAUAGUCAUUCUGAAACAUUUCUUUCAACUCUGAAAUUUUCAUGGUCUCUUUUCUUUUAAGCCACCUCAGGCCAACGGAAAUCAUUAUGUCAUUUUCUAUGUUCCUGUGUGUUUUGUGUUUGGGCUGUUUUGAUAAUGCCAUUCCAUAAAAUCUUUUGGGAAGAAAAAAAAUGUGCACAUUCAAAUUGGCUCCCUCUUUUUCUGUCAUUUUUACCUAAGAAUUGUUUUUCAAUAGUCCAAUGUAGGAGGGAAAGAAAAGACAUCAAUUACUAUGUUGUAAUAAAAACAAGACACCUCCCCCAAACCCACAUAUGCAAUGUGUGCAGUGCAGAUACCAGAAUCUCAACCGAGUCAUGACGGUCCUCAUGACUUAAUGUUACAGUCAUUUUUAAAAUUAAAGUAAAAUUCUAAUUCUUGAGAAUGUCAAAAUAUUUUUAUUUUAUUCCUUUUCAUUACCACAUACUGGGUUUAGGAUACCAACUAGAGCCACAAUCCAAAGAAGAUAAAUUCUGAGUCAUCUAAAUGUUACCUAUUCUGUCAAAACAGUGGAUUUCUUUGAAUAAUGACAAAGAUAUCAGGAGAGGUAGAAUGUGUGGUGACUGGUAGUCGUUUUUACCUAAGGACCCCAGGAUAGAACCUGUGUGAGCUAAUGGUAAUAUCAGCAGGUGCUGAAGAUUAAAAAUAAUUGCUUAGUUUUUUAAUGCUUUGUUUAAUGAUUGGAAUAUCUAUGAGAAAACCUACACAUCUUUUCUAUUUAUUUAAAAAAUCCCCUCCACUGAAGAGUGGGAUUUGGUCUCAACAGGGUCCUGGCACUCUUCUUCAUGAAGGAGAUGUUUGGAUGGGACAUCUGCGUAGACUAUGAUGUUAAUAGGCUAAAACUACUUUUGACAAUCCAAUCUCAUUCAAAUGAGUGUGCGCAGAACUUCAGGAGAGCUGAAGACUGAAGAGUAAGUCUUAUGUGGGCCUCCAUGGAAAACCCGUGAUUUCAAACUAGUGAGACAGCAGAAUUGAAAGUCACCUGAAAAGGCUGUCAGCAUGGCAAGCAGUCACACAUCAGGAUAUUAUAGAAUAAUGUCACAGAACCUUGAUCUGAUUUAUCUUGACCACAGUGUGGAGCAAAGAAUAAGAUUUCUUUUUUUCCUUUCUUUUUUUCUCUUUUUUUCCAUUGGGAUUAGUAAGCUGAACAUUUAUUUUGAGCCCACUGGCCAUGAUAGAUUCUACUGAACCCCAGGAGUAGCUGGAUUGGCAGGUUCCUUGAUUCCAUUUCCUUCUCAUGGGAUUUCUUUCAUCCAUGAAUUGACUCAUUUUACAGUUGCAGUGUUGUAAGGUGGUUGAACCUAACUUGAGAUUAACAUUUCUUACUCAUACAAAAGUGGUCUGUCCUGGCCAUUCUUUGUGAUGACCUGGAGUUUAGGAAAGAACAAGGCUCCAUGAUUUAAGAAACUGGGUUCAGCACAGAUUCCUUAUUUCUCUUGUCUUUGAGCCCAUACCCCAACUUGUAACCUGCAGACAUAGUUGCUCUCAAAGAAAGGGCUGGGUAUCUUCUAGGCAGUAAGAGCCACAAGGUUCUGGGCAGGAAAAUAAUGUUCUGUGGGAUUCAGUUCAGAGCUGAAUGCAGAGAGAGGCAAGAUGGAGCUUGAGGAGUCAGGGGUGGGGUGGUGUAAGCCCAGAGUCACCUGGGAGAUUUUCUUAACACUGCUCCACUUCAAAGAAAGUCAGUCACUGUCAGCUUUCCAAGGGCUAGCUAACUAGUUGGUGGGAGUGUUUUGUCUUUUCUUCUGGAUGACUAGCCCUUUCAACCUUAGCAUCUCACUGCAAGGGUGGACAGAAGAAGCCCCUGAAGAGAACAACGAACACCGGUCUGUUUUGCUUCCCAAGUACUGAUGUAUCAAGGGAGUUUUAAUCAUCAGUGAAAUUAAUGUCCACACAUCACACACUAUGAAUUUCAACAGUCGAUACAUGUCCUUUUCCUAUCCACCACACAUAAUCAAGAGUUGGCUGCCCUCUUGCAAAACAUAAAUGGAAAAGUUCUAAGAACAAACUUGGCUCCCCUUAGAAGAAGGCUACUUUGGCUCCAUUCUCUUGACUGAAACUCAAACCAGGAAAAAAAGAUCAACAUAUUCUCUAUCAGGAGAAUAUAAGAUCAUUUUGGCUAAAUACACAGUAUUAAUCUCCUUUUAAAAACUUUUGACUACAAAAGGUAUCAUUUUUAUUUUUGUUGUUGUUUCUAUUUGAAUCUGUGUUACUGUGUUAAGACUGAAAGUUACUGGUAUGGUGAGGCAUAAUUUUAUGGCCAUUGUGUACCUAAGUAAAAGGUGUAACAUUAGUGUUACACUUUGGACUUUGAAACCUCUGGUCCAACAUUGUUAAAGAUGCUCUCUCCUCCUCCCCAAAUGCAUUAUGUUACAUCCUCACAUGUACACAGAAGUUAGCUGUUCCAUCCCUGUUAGGAAUAGUAAGACUGGUUCAAAGACACAUUGGGUAUCUGAAAUGAUAUUGCUCUCCAGUCUGGAAAAAAAUGUCCCCAUUAACUUAAGAAAAUCAUUGGAAUCUUUAGUUUUUAAGCUCUGGGUGAACGUACUUCAGUUUCUAGGACAACUGUGGCAGGGCUCCCUCUUUCAAAGCCUUGGUUUACAUCGUCUUCAACUCCAUGGACCUCCUGAAACACCCUUUUGAGAUUUUAUUUAAGGGCAUCUUUGUAUUGCUGUCUCUGACUGUCGUGGAGAGUUCUGUAAUCCUAUGGCGUUUCUGGUUUUAUCUCUACGUUCUUUCAUGUAUAUCAUGGUCAAGUUAGAUACCAUUUCCCCUGUUUCCUGGGCUCUCUGUAGAUCAGUGGAUAUUAGGUUUCAAUUUCUGUUUUCUUUGAUGAAGCUUUCAAUAAAAAAUGGAAAUAAAAUCAA